CAGGGUAGAUCUCGUCAAGCCCGACUAUUGGUACAACGAACCAAUUAAGUGUCGCGCGUUUGUGCCAAGUAUGAAUCGAGAGGAGAAGGAUCUUGGAUCAUCGAAAGCGGAGCUGGACGGAGCGACAAACGCGUGUCCCGCGUUUAAAAGCACGGUGAGAGAGGAUCAAAAAACACUUUGACCCUGCACGUUCAUCAGAGCGUUUCGGAGCAGCCUGCUGCAGUCGCUUACUUCGUUGUAGUCGUCGUCGUCGUCGUCAUCGUCGUCCACCCCGUCGAACCACAUCUUUAUCGGAAUAUCCACAAGCGUGUCCGGGACCAUGUCUUUCUGUAAAAGUAAAACAGACGAUAAACCUGUAAAUUAUCACGAUGUAGUUGAGCAGAUGCGGGAUUCAUUUUAUAAAAGAAAAUCGAGCCCAUUAGAAUGGAGAAUUAGACAAUUAAAACAGACAUUACGUAUGCUGAAGGAAACCUCCUCAGAAAUGGUAGAAGCAUUGAUGAAGGAUUUGCAUAGAAACAAGUUCGAAACGUUUACUGUAGAAUUGAAUUUUUUAAUCGGAGAAAUCGAACAAAUGCUCAGGACUAUUAAAGAGUGGUCGGCAACAGAGAAGCCGUCCAAGUCAUUCAUAUACUUCUUCGACCAAAUAGAACUCCGAAAAGACCCUUACGGAGUUGUAUUAAUCAUAGGUGCCUGGAAUUAUCCUAUUGUGCUGACUCUGCUACCUAUGAUAGGUGCUAUAGCAGCUGGAAAUUGCGUGAUUGUGAAACCUUCCGAGACUGCACCAGCUGCGGCGAAAUAUUUGUAUAAAACCAUUCCAAAAUAUUUGGACACGGAGUGUUGCCGUGUAAUAAUGGGAGGAAUCCCAGAAACGACAGAGUUACUUAAGCAGCGUUUUGAUUACAUCUUUUAUACUGGAUCCCCUCAGGUUGGAAGAAUUGUACAUGCAGCUGCUAAUAAGUAUCUUACGCCUGUUACGUUAGAGUUGGGUGGAAAAAAUCUUUUAUAUAUUGACAACACAGUGGAUAUGUCAAUGGCAGCAAGCCGCAUUUUAUGGGGUAAAUGCGUUAAUGCUGGUCAAACAUGCGUUGCGCCCGAUUAUAUGUUAUGCACACCCGAAGUACAGAUUAAAUUUAUUGAGGAAGCUAAAAAGAUCUUACAGGAAUGGUAUGGUGGAAAACCACAGGAGAGUCCUUACUUGGCACGUAUUGUUUCGGAAAAACAUUAUCGACGACUUGUCGGUUAUUUAAAUGAUAAAAGCCAGAUUGCUAUUGGUGGCGAUAUAGAUCCUGCAGAAAAGUUUAUUUCGCCUACAAUACUUGUCAAUGUUAAAACAGAUGAUCCCAUCAUGCAAGAAGAAGUGUUCGGGCCAAUAUUGCCUAUAAUUAACGUUAAUAAUGCACUCGAUGCAAUUAACUUUAUUAAAGAACGUGAAUGCCCACUGGCACUGUACAUAUUUUCCACGAGCAAAGAGAUACAAGAUCAAAUUAUAAACCAAGUCAGAUGCGGAGGAGUCUGCGUCAACGAUACGAUGCUGCAAUAUACCAUUGAAACUCUACCUUUUGGAGGAGUAGGAAACUCCGGUAUGGGAGCCUAUCAUGGAAAAUACACGUUCGAUACAUUCACACAUAAGAAAGCUUGUCACAUUCGAAAUUACAACAAACUUGCAGAUAAGAUUGCGAAGUAAACGAAUCUUCUUUCAUAUAAUUAAAUAAUUAUACAUUUUAAAUUGUAGAACAUUUUCCUACAUUAGGUAAGACUUUAAUUUUCCAAUAUUAAGCGGAGAUAGGCUAUUCCUGUUCCAUAUACUAUAAGUUCUAUGGAUGAGCACUCCGAGACCGAUCAUAAAUAAAGGCUGCAAAUAUUUGAAAAUGGGCGGAAUAUAUCUUUUUUUU